AUGAUUUCUUCAGAAAUCAAGGAUGUACGAAUUUACAUCAAACACCUAUAUAACAAAUCUAACACCGAAUGCGCCCUCGCGUUGUAUAAUGGUGAAAGUAAAUCCUUAGGAAUCAAGUAUGGGAUGAGCUGCCGCGAGGAGGAGAACACAACGGAAGGUACAGCACUGCGACCACCGCCGACGACCGCUGCACGGAGAUGGCAUCUCCCUACAGAGGAUCGUCCUGAAUCGACACCAGUCGUACGAGUAGCAGCAGAUGUGCACUCAAUAGAAGGCAGCGACACUGGCCUCUCUGUAAAAUUUUGCUCCGAGCCAGAGUUUGACGUAGUACGCUGGAGCUGGCAGGGAGUCCCCAAACUUGCUGUAACAGCACCCAACCAGAAGGCUGUUUAUGAUCGAUACACAGCCGUUGUCAUCGCUGAUUUGGAGGCUGCUCCGGGGUGCUAUGAAUCGUUCUUACAAAUAUAUAAUGUGCAAGCAGAGGAUGAGACCGUGUACCACUGCCAUAUCUCAAACAGCAAAGGAAUGUCUACCGCUACUGUCGCUGUUACCAUCGGGCCCGAGUCGCUGGGCUGGGAGUGGAUUCUGCUCAUAUGCACAUUGAGCGUUGCUGCAAUUCUCGGAGUUACAUUGCUAUUGAUGUGGGUGUGCCAUAGCGAACCACAAAAGGACGCCACGACAGCGCGUCUCGAUAGCGAAAAGGAGGACAAGGAUCGUCUCGUGAUGCACGAACAUAAUGCACCACGUAGAGGCAGUCACGGGAACGGGUACCCAGACACACGACGGGACCGUGAUCGAGACGAUGUUGUUCAGUUUUAGACUCCGAAUCAAUGAUUUUAAUUGAUGAUGUAAGAUUUUAUUGUCCACAAACGAGAGAUUUUAUAUAAACGCAAACGCCGUGAAUUUGGCGUUUCCUUUCUACGACGUUAAUAAUGAAUAUUUAGUUUGUAUUGAAAUUUUGUAGCAGAUAUAUAGAAAUCUUUUAUGUUUUAUAGAAGAAUUUCCUUAGAAAAACUAUUAGAAGAAUGUUGUUGAAAUAAUCAGUGUAUUUUGCCGUAGUCUGGGAAAACACUUCCCUUGGAAAACUCUUUUCGCAAUAUGGCGUUUUAGAUAUACUAAUUAAUCCAGCUGAAUUAUCAAUACGACUGCGACUCUGACUUGUCUAAUUGACUUAUCAGUUUUUGUUAAUGUGACAAUAAAAGUGAUCAACAUACGCUGAUAAAUCCGAUUAGAUAAUAUUAAA